UCCCACCGGUACACAUUGGGCUUGUCUUGCCAUUUGUCUAUCAUCAUUUGUGUUUAAUUAAUAUGUAAGGAUUUCAAUUUGAUUUUCCCAUUUUCAUUUUCAUUGUCUUAAUUUACUUAAAAAUACCACUUACCAUAUAAACUAGUUCAAAAUGUUUGACAUUGGAAAGGAGACUUUCACAAAUUUUCGUGACAAUUACUGGAAUCCCCCAACACUGUUUUGGGCUAUUUUUAUUUUCUCAUGGAUAGUUUUCAUCUGGGAUACUUACAUCGGAUGGCGUCAGUUUCGCAUCGUUUUAAAUACAACCAAAUUACCUGUGGAGCUUUCGGGAAUUAUGGACCGUGAAACAUUUCUCAAUGCUAGAGCUUACAGUAUUGACAGAACUAAAUUUACAUUAUUUUAUCACGCUUGGAGUCAAACAUUUUCAUCGGUCAUUCUAUUGUGUGAUCUCAUGCCACUCUUGUGGGACGUUUCUGCUACUCUUAUGGAGCCGUUUGGGCUUGACAAAUCUUACGAGAUCACUCGUACAUUAGUUUUUGUCAAUGUUGGCGCCUUAAUCUCAAAAGUUAUUGACCUUCCAUGGAGUUACUAUUCGAAUUUCGUUAUCCAGGAAAAACAUGGUUUCAAUCGUCAAACCCGAUCAUUCUUUGCCAAAGAUCAAGUCAAAAAGUUUUUCGUCUCUCAAGCUAUUACUUGUAUCAUUUUACCUGCUAUUAUAUGGAUUAUCCAGAAAGGUGAUGACUAUUUCUUCCUCUACCUGUGGGGCUUCUGUUCUCUUAUUGUUUUCCUAAUGAUGACCAUCUAUCCUGAUUUCAUUGCUCCACUAUUUGACAAAUACGUACCGUUGCCGGAAGGUUCCCUCCGAGAAAAAAUUACUACCAUGGCACAGGGACUUAAAUUUCCUUUAACGCAAGUUUAUAUUGUUGAAGGAUCUAAACGUUCUUCACACAGCAAUGCCUACUUAUACGGAUUUUAUAAAAACAAAAGAAUUGUUCUUUUUGAUACGCUGAUGGAAAAUCCGCCUAAAAUGAGUGAUUCAGGAGAUGAAUCAUCGUUGGAUAAAGAUAAUGCCUCUGAUGGUGAGAAAUCAAAUCAACAAGAUGCGGCUGUUAUUGCUGGUGAGACUAGUGAUGUAACUGCUGCUGAAAAUGAAGCUCUUACCGAAGAAACCGAUAAGGAUACUAAAGAGAAGAAAAAGAAAGGAUGUAAUGAUGAUGAGAUUCUCGCUGUUCUUGGACAUGAGCUUGGACAUUGGAAACUUAACCACGUAGUCAUUAACUUAAUCAUUGCUGAAGUUCAAAUGCUUUUCACCUUCAUGAUUUUCGGAUUCCUUUACAAAGAUCCAGUAAUCUAUCAAGCCUUUGGCUUCAAUGAUCAACCAAUUCUAAUCGGUCUUUUAGUCAUUACUCAAUAUAUUUUUGCACCUUACAAUGAGAUUGUUGGAUUCUUAAUGACCUGUCUUACACGACAUCACGAAUUCGGAGCCGAUAACUUUGCCAAGAAAAUGAACCGUGCUUCAGAUCUUAGAAGUGCACUUAUUAAACUGGGAAAUGAUAAUCUUGAAUUCCCAGUAUACGAUUGGUUAUACUCAGCUACCAAUCUCUCUCACCCACCUCUUCUUGAAAGACUCAAAGCUUUGGGCAAGAUCGAUUGACUAGAAGCUUGAUUUUCAUAUACGUAUCGGAAACUGUUUUCUGUAAAAAAAUCUUGAGAAUUCUUAAAUUUAGAUAACGCUAUUCUGUCAUUUCCAGCUGUCAUUUUCAUCAUUUCCUUUUUUCACCAUUCUUGUAUCUUUGUUUGGUUACUUCUAAUGUAAUCUUUCAAUCUUAUUGGUAAAACAUGAAGAUUAUUAAAGGACCCAAAAAUUUGGUUUUUGCACAAGUCGCAUCAA